AUGGCUACACCCAGGCCCGAGCAGGGACCAGGCCUGAGCAGCGACCAGUGCAGUGAGCGCGGCUGCCUGGCCCUUUCCAAAAGCAGCCUCGUGUGGCUACAGAACGUGGUGGAAGCGUAUACAGCUGUGAAAAGGAAAGGGAUUUUCCUACAUGGGCCUCGAAAACGUGCUGAACAUUCCACCCUGUGUUCCAUCUUCCUUCUCACUCCUUCGGGCUGCAGGCACUCUGGGUGCAGCUGGCCUCCCUGUCGGGUCAGCGAGUUCAGGGGUGCCCUCCCUCUCCCCAGGUUCCUGGUGUUCCUCCGGUACCAGGUUUACUACGAGUACCCGCUGCUGACCUACCUGGAGUACCCCAUUCUCAUCGCACAAGAACAUUCGGUCAGAUUUGUGACGUCCUGGUUCCUCCUCACCCUGCAGAAGUGGAUCAUAGACCUGGCCAUGAAUUUAUGUACUUUCAUCAGCGCAGCCAGUAAGUUUGCGCAGCUGCAGUGCCUGUGGAAGACACGAGACUCGGGGGCGGUGAGCGCGCUGACCUGGGGCCUGGCUUCCUCCACCAGCGCCACAAGAAUAAUAACCACCUUAAUGACCACCAAUGACCUCACAAUCCUUAUACGUUUUGUGGUCACGCUGGCUUUAAACCUGUGGGUGACAGCGACAGUCCUCCGCUACCGGAAGACGGGUGUAAAGGCUGAAUGAUGGAUGGGUAAUUCUGACACACAAAGUGGAUUUGGAGUAACUGAACCAAAGGAAAGAAGAGCUCAUUGCUAAAUCGAGGUCUUUUAUAAAUUAGUCAAUCAUUUCUGAAACUCUGGAGCCAAAGGUAUUUUAGACUUGAAAGAGCCAUUCAAACACGUGUUUAAAAAUGACCCCCCCGACCCCCCACUUUACUAGGUCAAGUUGGGACACACAUCUGCAGUGUUGAGAAGGUUGGUGGUUAAUGGAAACCAUCCAACAACCAUUUUGAGAUUGCUUUGCCUCUUAAAAGUCAUGAUUAAGUUCUCUCCAAAGAGCUGACUACAUCUAUUUUUCAGCUUUCAGAAUAUUUUAAGAAAUAAGUCCUCUCCACAGAAAAAAUGAGCAUCAAGUGG